AUGCAUAUAUAUUAUUUUUCUGUACAGGUGCUAAAUCCGUUGGAUGCCGUUUGUAAUGUGAAAAGAGCCGACGCCGUCUGCGUCAGUAAUUUAAAAAAUUCGAAAAGAGUCGAUGAAGGUCUCCUGCAGCAGAGGCCGGAUGUGAAGAUCUUCCUGCCGUUCAGAUUCCUGUUCUAUAGGCCAGAAGAGGUUUUCACACCGAACACUUAUAAUAGAUAUUUAGUGGCACCAAGUGGUGAUCACGUGAUCAGUUUAGUGGACGAAAUAUCAUACGUUUCCCCACCUGCGCCCCCAAUCUCUCAAUUAUACGACAUACCACCAGAGCAGUUCUGCAAUGGAGACAACAGGCCCCCGAAUUGUGGAAACAAUUGCAUGUGCACUCACAAAGUAGACAUUCCAUUGAACGCCAUUGUGGAAAUAGUACUCGUAGAUGAGGUUCAACAAGUCAACUUGUCCCAUCCCUUCCAUCUUCACGGGUACGCGUUCAACGUCAUUGGCAUGGGAAGAUCACCAGACAAGAGUGUGAAGAAGAUCAAUUUGAAGCAUGCUUUAGAUCUGGACAGGAGGGGAUUGCUGCAUCGAGAAUUUAACAGACCGCCAGGAAAGGAUACCAUUGCUGUUCCGAAUAAUGGAUACGUGGUUGUGCGAUUCAGGGCCGACAAUCCAGGUUAUUGGUUAUUCCAUUGCCACUUCCUGUUCCACAUAGUCAUUGGAAUGAACUUGAUCGUUCAUGUGGGAACUCAAGCUGAUCUGCCGCCAGUACCUCCAGAUUUCCCAAAAUGCGGAAAUCAUCUGCCCCCAAUACAGUUCCCUCAAUUACACAAGCCAUUCUUCCACCAUUAGCGCAAUUGUUAAUUAAAUUAAAAGUUAAUGUUGUUAUUGACUAGUUUUAAACAAAG